GCGCGGCUGGGUCAGCUGAGUGACAGUCACGGGACCAAGACCAGCUCUGUCUGGCUUCCUGGAGGAGACGGAAGGAUGAGCGGGGGUCUCCGAGUGUGGCAGGACAUGGAAAAGGAGCGAGAGGCCCUGCAGACCUGGAAGGAGCGUGUGGAGCAGGAACUGGACCGUGUGGUGGCUUUCUGGAUGGAGCACUCUCACGACCAAGAGCAUGGGGGUUUCUUCACAUGCCUUGGUCGAGAUGGGCAGGUGUAUGAUGACCUCAAGUAUGUCUGGCUGCAGGGGAGGCAGGUGUGGAUGUAUUGUCGCCUGUACCGAAAACUGGAGCGUUUCCGCAGCCCUGAACUUCUGGAUUCAGCGAAAGCAGGUGGCGAAUUUUUGCUGCGUUAUGCCCGAGUGGCACCUCCCGGAAAGAAGUGCGCCUUCGCGCUAACACGGGACGGCCGCCCGGUCAAGGUGCAGCGAACCAUCUUCAGCGAGUGUUUCUACACCAUGGCCAUGAACGAGCUGUGGCGGGUGACUGGGGAAGCGCGUUACCAGAAGGAAGCGGUGGAGAUGAUGGAUCAGAUCGUGUACUGGGUGCGGGAGGACCCGUCGGGGCUGGGCCGGCCCCGUCUCCCCGGGGCCCUGGCCUCCGAGUCCAUGGCGGUGCCCAUGAUGCUGCUCAACCUAGUGGACCAGCUCGGAGAGGCGGACGAGGAGCUGGCGGGCAACUACGCGGAGCUGGGGGACUGGUGUGCCCAGAGGAUUCUGCGGCAUGUCCAGAGGGAUGGACAGGCUGUGCUGGAGAACGUGUCAGAGGACAGUGAGGAACUUUCUGGUUGCCUGGGGAGGCACCAGAACCCAGGCCAUGCGCUGGAAGCUGGCUGGUUCCUGCUCCGUUACGCCAUCAGGAAGGGUGACCCCAAGCUUCGAGCUCACGUUAUCAGCAAGUUCCUAUUGUUGCCUUUCCGCUCUGGAUGGGACCCUGACCAUGGAGGCCUCUUCUACUUCCAGGAUGCUGAUGGCCUCUGCCCUACCCAGCUGGAGUGGGCCAUGAAGCUCUGGUGGCCACACAGUGAAGCCAUGAUUGCCUUCCUCAUGGGCUACAGUGAAAGCGGGGACCCUGCCUUGCUGCACCUCUUCUACCAGGUGGCUGAGUACACCUUCCGCCAGUUUCGCGAUCCUGAGUACGGGGAAUGGUUUGGCUACUUGACCCAAGAGGGGAAGGUCGCUCUCACCAUCAAAGGGGGCCCUUUCAAAGGCUGCUUCCAUGUGCCGAGGUGCCUCGCCAUGUGCGAGGAGAUGCUGGGCGCCCUGCUGAGCCACCUCACCCUGGCCCCGAGUCCCGGCUCCCCUCCCGCCGUAACCCCCGCCCGCCAAGGCGCGAAAUAAAACUGAGCCUGCUGCGCU